UAAUGAUGUUAGGCAUCUUUUCAUGUGCUUCUUGGCCAUUUGUGUAUGUUCUUUGGAAAAAUAUCUAUUCAAAUGCUUUGCUCAUUUUCUAAUUGGGUUGUCUUUUUAUUAUUGAGUUGUAACAGUCCUUUAUAUAUUGGGGUAAAACAGAUAUUACAGAUAUUUAUCUGCAAAUAUUUAUCUCCCAUUCUGUGAGUUUUAAUUUUUGAAGUGUCUUUUGAAGCACUGCUGAGCUAUUUUUAAUAAAUAUUAAAAUAUCUUAAGACAAACUAAAUUAGGACUGUGUAAUUGGGGUCUAAAUUAUACACUUAAAUUUAAUAAGCAUUGUAAUUUUACAAGCAAACUAUUGUUUGCAGACCACACUUUGAGGCUUCCAAAUUAAGGGUCUCGAGUUCAUGAUGAUAGAUAGCUAUUGCUUUUAUAGCGUUUAUAUAUGACAGGUGGGUGCUGUUUGGGCACUCUUCAUGUAUUAACGUAUAUAAUUCUCACAACAAUCCUAUGAUGUAGAGAAUUACCAUGAUACGCACUGUACCAAACAGAGGCAGAGAAAGUUGAAGCAAUUUGCCUGAAGCCAAAGAGUAAGUAAGUAGCAGGUGUGGGCCCCGGAUUCCGUUGCUCUCAGCCACCUGCAAAACUGCCAAAGUGGAAUUAAAUCAUCCCUAAACCCUCACUUUGGCUUUGAAAUAAUAGUGCUUCCGUGGCAUCUACCACUCGAGGUGUUUUCCCUCUCAGUACCAAGCCAGGUGUCUUCAUUACUCCCUCCUCACGAAGUCUGGCUUCAGGACCCUCUCACUUUGCCAACUGUCAAGAGGCUUUAGUGUGUGGAAAUAAUUGCGAAGUCGCCUGUGUCCCCCAGGUGGAGUAGUGCUAAAUUUCUGGCGGCUAAUGGGCUUCAAGGAGCAGUGGAUUCAGCCCAAUGAGGCUCGAAGCUGAGCCAUGGGUGGAGCCAGCAGAGGGGGAGGAACGGAGUCCCUGUGGGGUGCCCACUUUGUGCAGAGCCGGCUGCCUUCAGCGGAGCCAUGAGUUGGACCUGCCCACGUUGCCAGCAACCCGUUUUCUUUGCGGAGAAGGUGAGCUCCCUGGGCAAGAACUGGCACCGCUUCUGCCUGAAAUGUGAGCACUGCCACAGUGUCCUGUCCCCAGGAGGGCAUGCAGAGCACAACGGGAGGCCGUAUUGCCACAAGCCAUGCUAUGGGGUUCUCUUUGGACCCAGGGGGGUGAACAUUGGUGGUGUGGGCUCCUAUCUCUACAAUUCCCCUAUUCCCACCCCUGCCAGCACCAUUCCUCUCGGCCCCAGCAGCUUCAGUCCUCCAAGGCCCAGGACUGGCCUCCCCAAGGGCAAGAAAGGCCCCUUGCACAUGAAGACAUACACUGGGGAGACCUCAUUGUGCCCUGGCUGUGAAGAACCUGUCUACUUUGCUGAGAAGGUGAUGUCUUUGGGCAGAAAUUGGCACCGACCCUGUCUGAGGUGCCAGCGCUGCCGGAAGACCCUGACUGCUGGGAGUCAUGCUGAGGUGAGCAAGGAAGGGAUGGGCUGUUAUGUUGGGAGGAGAGAGGCUGGAGAUAGAAAAAGAACUGCGCUGAGAGGGCUCUCUUUCUCUCUGUGUCCCAGCAUGAUGGCGUCCCCUACUGCCACAUCCCCUGCUACGGCUACCUGUUUGGCCCCAAAGGUGGGCAGUUCCACCCUAGAUGCUGGGCCUAAAGUAUGGCAUGUGGGUCUGUGGUUAUGUGUGGACAACUUCCCCUGUAGUCAGACAUAUCCCAGGUCCUUCCCAGUUCCCUCUAGCCCUCAGCCCAGUGCCCUCCAUCCCCAAGGCCCUUGGUGAUGGGGCUUUCUCCCUCAGGUGUGAACAUUGGUGAUGUGGGCUGCUACAUCUAUGACCCCGUGGAGAUAAAAUCCAAAUAAGAUGCUCACAGGAGAGGUCACCCUGACUUGGGCCUCCAGCCAUCCCCUCCAUGGUUCAAUGGGAGCUACAGAAUUCUUCAGUCCCGUGGAGGUAGGGGAAGGUGGGAUUCUGGCAGCCUGGGCCUCAGCUCCAUGGCAGACCGAAAAGUCUAGACUUUCCCUGCCAAGUCAUCCCUUUCUCAUGCCUAUCUGCUCAGGGGAAUUGAGCCACUUCAUUUUGAAGGGUGGCUUCCUGGCCUUCCCAAUUCCUUUCCCCAGCAAAUUAUAUAACUUCAAGGUACUCAUAAAACUUGUUUGUCCUGGCUUCUCCAAUAAAAUGUUGACUCCCA